AGAGUGUAACUUUUAGUUUAUUUAAUACCUAAUUUAUAAAAAUAUUUAAUAAUGUAUAGGGACACUUAUCAACGUGGUAUGCUUACCAUAUUCUAUAGCGUCGGUGCUAAGCCUCUAUCCAUGUGGGAUACGACGAUUCAAGAUGGAUACGUAUCGAGGUUUUUAGAUGACGAUAUUAAGUCAUUGGUGUUCGAAAUAGGUGGAAGUAAUGUAAGCACAACGUUCAUGACCUGUCCCAAAGGCAAUGCAGUUUUGGGCAUAUCCAUGCCGUUUUUAAUCAUGGUCGUUAAGAACCUGAGAAAAUAUUUUUCCUUUGAAGUGACUAUCCUGGAUGUCACUGGAGCAAGACGAAGAUUCCGCAUAUCAAACUUCCAAAGCACUACGCAAGUCUUACCGCUCUGUACCGUGAUGCCAAUUAACCUUACAGAUGGCUGGAACCAAAUACAGUUCAAUUUAGCUGAAUUCACUAGAAAGGCGUACAACAGACAAUUUUUCGAAGUACUUAAAGUGAAAAUAAACGCUAAUAUUAGACUAAGACGGAUAUAUUUUGCAGACAAACUUGUCCCAGAUGAAGAAUUACCUGCAGAGUAUAAAUUGUAUUUCCCUGUACAACAGAAGGUACUUGCAGCUAAAGAGAAACCACCAUUGAAAGUCUUGAAGCAAAAGCCAUCACGUGUCCAACCGAAGCCGUCAGAACAAUCACAAGAAGUAAAAGAAUCCGGGCAAGAAACACCGCAGCAACCAUCUCAGACCGUGAAACAUAAACAAAAAUUUGAGAACGCUGGAGACCAAGAUAAAAUUCCAGAUAUCAAAAAGGAUAAAUCGAAACCUAUUGGUUCUGUACAAGUUCUUAAAAAUGUUUCAACUCUACAAGAUUUGAGUAAAAUGGAUGAGAGAGAGUCAAACGUUAUGGCACUGCCAGAAGAACAUGUUGAUCAGCCGAUACCUCCUGGGGAGACGGUUAUUAGAGUUGAGGAGGAACCGACUUUAGAAGUAACGGGUGGUGAGACAGAUGUGCUUAAAAAUACAACAGACGUACCUGUGCAAACUGAACCUACCCCGACUGAAAACAAAAGUACUGAGGUCGAGGAAGAACGUGAUGACGUUGCGGACCUUAUUGAUGAAAUUGAAGGAUUCUGAGCAUCCUAUACACACUACAUUAUUCAAAAUGCCUGACCCUGGAUAUGGUCAACUAGUUUUAGAAAAUAUAGGCAAUUUCUUUAUUUUAUUGUACUCUUAUGGAUACCUGUUUUAGUUAUAAUAUUAGACUUAACGUUUGAAGUUAAAAUAAGUUUAGUUCUUUAUAUCCCUAGUUCUUGUCAAGAGUAAAUUAUCUUUAGUUUUGUUGAUUUAGUUAAACCUAGCCUAGGUAUACUUAUUGUGUUAGUUGUUUUGUUUUUAAAACUAAUUGUGAACAUUUAAGUAAAAUUUUAUUUAAAUAAAUUUUUGUUUAACCGUA